AUGAAAUUUGGAAACUCUGCUUUCAAUUCUAAAUCUUAUAUAGCAAAAUCAACAACUGAUGGUACUUUAGAUUUUGAUUAUAUAAACAGUAGUGGCACAAGUUCAACCAAAUCAUUCUCCGUCAAUGUUCCAAUCAGUAAUUUUUAUUUAGAAUCCUGGAUUUUUUAUAUUAUUUCUUUUGACAGCGAAGAUGUAUAUACUACUGUUCUUGGGGAGAAUAAAAAUCGAUGACACGUUAGUGGUGCAAAGUAUGAUAAACCAGCUAGUGUAGUUAUUGGCUUUGGCUAUGGCAUUAAAGCUUUCUUGUAUGAAAUUAACUACUUCGCAACAUUCAUUAUCAGUUAUAGUCCCCUUACUUCUAUUACUCUUUCUGAUAACAGUUAUCAGAGUCUCUCAAUAGAUGGGCUUGCACAGGGACUUGCUCAGAUUCCGUAUGUCAUCCUACUCAACAGUUGCCUGCGAUUCUUGCGAUAA